AUGAAGUCCUUUAGCUACAAUGCAAAUGUUGCCUCAGUUGCACUGCUGUUGCUGCUUGCCCUGAUGAGCACAACAAGCUCAGCUCAUCUCUCCUCGACAUUUUAUAACAAAGCCUGUCCAAAUGCUCUCGCUACCAUUAGAAAAUCCAUAAGAACAGCAGUGUCAGCCGAACGUCGCAUGGCAGCCUCCCUAGUCCGCCUGCAUUUCCAUGACUGCUUUGUUCAGGGUUGUGAUGCAUCAAUCUUACUCGACGAUACUGCUACAAUCAUAGGCGAAAAGAAUGCACUGCCUAAUCUGAACUCUGUGAGAGGAUAUGAAGUCAUUGAUGAUGCCAAGGCUGCAGUGGAGAAACUAUGUCCUGGUGUUGUUUCUUGUGCAGAUAUCGUUGCCGUGGCUGCUAGGGAUGCUUCAGUUGCUGUUGGAGGUCCAAGCUGGGCGGUGAAGCUUGGAAGAAGGGAUUCGACCACAGCAAGCAAAACUCUAGCUGAAAGCUCUCUUCCCAGUUUCUUAGACAACCUCGAAAGCCUUACCAACAGAUUCGCUGGUUUAGGCCUCAAUGUCAGAGACUUGGUUGCACUCUCGGGUGCACAUUCAAUUGGACAAGCUCAGUGCUUCACAUUCCGUGACAGAAUCUACAACAAAACCAGUGACAUUGAUGCAAACUUUGCUAGUACUCGCAAAAGUAGUUGUCCAGCAGAAGCUAAUGUUGGUAAUGCAAAUUUGGCAGCACUAGAUUUGGUGACACCAAAUCAGUUAGACAACAACUACUACAAGAACUUGAUCCAGAAGAAGGGUCUUCUUGCGUCCGAUCAAGUUCUCUAUAGUGGAGGAUCUACUGACAGCAUUGUCUCAGAGUAUAGCUCAAAACCUGCAAAGUUCAUUGCUGAUUUUGCGACCGCCAUGAUCAAGAUGGGAAACAUUAACCCUCUCACUGGCUCAAAUGGGCAGAUAAGAAGGAUUUGUAGUGCUCUCAACUACUAA